AUGAAGCAGCAGCUCGCAGCGUUGGUAGCUCUGGCUCAGGCCGUGAUCGGGCUCUUGGCGUACGACUACGACAAUCCAGGCGUCCAGGUUCGCUUCUUGGUGAAGAAUGAUGGCGAAUUAGGCGGCGGCGCGGUGACCCAGAUGCCGUUUCUGACGGUGCUGGAUUCGCCACGCUGCCGAUUACAGACUGCUUCUGCGACGAUGACUAAAGAAACGCGCUCGACUUUGCGAAUCUCGGUGCGCCGCACGACACGUGCUCGCAAGUUGUUUAGAUUACAACCGCCGGCCGUCCUGGUGCCCGCUUUGGUCCUCCUGCUAUUCGACUCAGCAGCAACCAAAAGACAUCUGGUCUCAGUAUAUACCGCGUCUCUCAUGGCCUCUCAGCCUUCUUCAUCGUCUUUCCAUCAGAAGAAGACUUUCCAUCAGAAGAAGACCAUUUUCAUCACAUCUUCCAUUAAAUGGUUGCAUCUCAGAUCUUCCCUCACAAAUCUCCCCGACAAAGAAGUACAGGCCAUGGACUCACGUCACCCAUUGGAGUUCCACGGCCCUGGCUGGCAUGAUGAGGCCCGAACCCCCGUUGUCGGUGGCAAGUACUACGAUCCCGCCACUGGCGAGAUUCGAACCGCAUCCGAUGGCGACCACCAAGAGUAUACAGGCCCACCGGGCGUCGACAUUAUCAUUCGGAGCCAGCACAUUGACACGGUCGAGUGUGCGUACCGCGCGGCACGGUCGCUCCCCAUGGAGACGCUCCUGUGUCACAUCAUGAAGGUUGUCCAGGAAAAAAAGUUAGAGCUAGAUUCGAUCAUGGCCACGACGUAUACGAUUCGAGUUAUUCUAUCGCACGAACUACGAUCGGGAGAGUUUAUUGAAAUUGCACAGGCCAUGGCACAGGGGAUCUAG